AUGGGCUUCCUCGAUGCCUUCAAGGCCAAAUCCCCCAAGGUAGAUGUACCUGGAGACAAUACCGAACACAAACCCGAACACAAAAACGUGGCACCUAAGCAUGACACCCAUUCACAGUCCGAUCAAACUUCAAAGCCCUCCAGUGAAAAAGAGAGCACACUAGUCGAUGAGCCUUUACGAAAUUCGAGCGCCAAUGAUGAUACCGACAAAGAGCUUGCGAGUACUCAGACACCUGUUCACAAUGCGGAAAUGAAUGGAGACUCCACCCAGGAGCUGGCCCCCAAGGGGACAUUCGACAAGCCAACAGAAGAAGAGAAAAAAGAGGACAGCGACGCCGAGACACCGGUGGAAGAGGAAGAGUAUCCAAACGCAUGGAGGUUGACUCUGAUCAGCAUUGCUCUCUGUCUAUGCGUCUUCUGCGUGGCAUUGGACAACACCAUUAUUGCAACGGCAAUUCCCAAAAUCACUGAUCAAUUUAAUUCACUCGAAGACGUCGGCUGGUACGGAAGUUCAUAUCUCCUGACAACAUGCGCCGUUUCCCUACUUUUCGGCAAACUCUACACAUUCUACUCGAUCAAGUGGAUAUAUCUCAUCGCACUCUGCAUCUUCGAGGUCGGUUCUCUCGUCUGCGCGGUCACUCCCACCUCGGUCGGACUCAUCUGCGGACGAGCCAUCGCUGGACUCGGAGCGGCUGGUCUUUUCUCGGGCUCUAUCCUCAUCAUCAGCAAGAGUGUACCCCUGGUCAAGCGACCUAUGUACACGGGUUGCAUUGGUGCAAUGUUUGGUAUUGCCAAUGUAGCCGGCCCUCUUAUGGGAGGCGCAUUCACUGACCACCUCACUUGGCGUUGGUGUUUCUAUAUUAACCUGCCUUUGGGAGGAGUGACUUUCCUCUCCGUGUUGUUUUUCUUCCAAACGCCCAAGGCCAUCCUGAAGAAAAACACCUUGAAGGAACAGCUCAAGGAGCUGGACCUGAUUGGUUCGUUCUUUUUCCUGCCCGCUAUCAUCAGCUUGUUGCUUGCACUGCAAUGGGGCGGCACCAAGUAUGCGUGGCGCAGCGGGCACAUUAUCGGUCUGUUCGUGGUCUUUGGCGUUCUCGGUCUCAUCUUCAUUGGCGUGCAGAUCUGGUCCGGAGACCGCGCAACUGUCCCGCCGCGUCUGAUCAAGAACCGUAACGUUUGGGGCUCAGCAUGGUAUGCCCUUGCUCUUGGUGCUUCUUUCUUCAUCUUCACAUUUUACCUCCCAAUCUGGUUCCAAUCAAUCAAGGGUGCAACCGCUUUGAAAUCCGGCAUCAUGAACCUGCCCAUGAUCAUCGCCGUUGUGGUUAUCUCCAUCAUGGCCGGAGGCCUCGUCACAGCUUGUGGAUACUACACCCCGUUCAUGAUCGCCUCGGCCGUUAUCUUGACCAUCGGCGCAGGACUCCUAACAACCCUAGAGAUAGACUCAAACCACUCCAAGUGGAUCGGCUACCAGGCACUCUUCGGUAUUGGUCUAGGUCUGGGCAUGCAGCAGCCUAUGAUCGUCGCCCAGACUGCCCUCAAGCCCGCAGAUGUACCCAGUGGCACUGCGAUCGUCUUGUUUGGCCAGACUCUUGGUGGCGCUAUCUUCGUCUCCGUCGCGCAGAACGUCUUCCAGAAUCAGCUUUUGCACAACUUGGCUCACUAUGCGCCCGACGAGGAUGCUGCGAAGCUCAUGGCUGCUGGAGCUACUAUGCUCCGCACUAUCGUUAGUGGCGAGGCCCUGCACCGUGUCCUGGUUGCCUAUAACGCUGCUAUUAUGCAGACGUUCUACGUCGCUGUUGCUAUGGGCGCAUUGUCGCUCAUUGGACCUAUCUUCGUUGAGUGGUUGUCUGUGAAGGGUAAGAAGGUCGAGAUAGCCCCUGUUUGA